CGUCUAACAAAUGUGGUUUCCGAUUUUUUCACCGAUUACAUCCAACAAAGAGGCUCAAGCCGUGCCCAUUUGCGUAUAAACAAACCGACAGUCUCAAGGUAAUAGCGUGAAGUGUAUGGGAUCGUCCAGUAGUUCGUGCAGCAAGCCCAACAUGUCCUACCCCACCCAGCCUGGGAGCUACCCCAAGGCACCACAGGCCGGCUACCCACAGCAGGGGGCGUACCCCGGGGGUUCCUACCCACAGAACCAGUACCCGUCUGGGUAUCCCUAUCAGCAAUCCCCUUAUGAUCAGCCUAUGGCACCUCCACCCUACCAGGAGGCCCCACCCCCCUACGCUCAGAGUCAACAGUACCCGCCCUCCAGCAGUCAGUACCCUCCCUCCAGCGGUAUGGCCCCUCCCCCUGCCUCCUACUACCCCUAUCAGCAGAUGCCCCAACCCCAGACUGUCCUGGCUCCUGGGCUGUUCGACUCCGGGGCGAGGUUUGAUGGUAUUUCACAACAACGGGUUCCACCUCCUCCCCCAGGUGUGAUGCCAAACCAUGCCCAGAUGGCAGCCAUGCAGGGCCAUCAUGUGGUUGGUACCCAGCAGUCAGCCAACUGGUUCUCUGGAGGAAAGAAUGACGGAGGCAUGAACUUUGGCUGGUAGACACCAAUAGGAUAAUCCUGCAUCUGUGAUAACAAACAAGAAUCAACCAGCUUCUAGUGUACAAAGUGCACAUAGAUUUUUCAGUUUAUGGAUAAAGGGGCAACGUCACAGUUAUGGGCAAUGAAAACACAAUUGAACAAAACUGACUUACCUUGUUUCAAUUUUAUUUAUCUUUAUAUUUCAUGGUUUGAUAAUCGUAAUGCCUUUAUGAAGUUUAACUUUUGUCAAUUAUUUGUUGUUGUUUAUUUUCUUUUGAUUAGGCAGACUAAAUAAAAAUUGCGUUUUCAUUCUGAAAAGGCUGAACAAACUUACAUUUAAAAAUUCCCUGAUAUGUAUUCUUAAUUCCAACAACUUUCUGCAAUUUUCAGUUUUCUUUGUUUAUCACUUAUAGAUUUAUAAUUCUAUUUUGUAAAGAUUGUUUGAGGGUGUAGGUGUUUCUGUGACAAUGGAAUGUGUGUAGACUCACUGAACAUGAGCAUGUCUAGAUGUGAUUGAUCUAUCUAAUUUUGAGUCCGUGAGCUUCAAACCUGUUUUUAACACCAUCUGUUAAUUUAUUGUUUUCUGUAUACCGUAGUCGCGUUGUAACAAACGAAGUCAUUAAUUGCUUCAAGAAAUGUGUUAUCUAGGUGAAAGCCACGGAGCAAAAUAACCUAGGUAGAUGUUCCGUGUUGAUGUUUCAUUCCACAGUCCGACCAUUUCGUCGGUUGAACUUACAUAUAUUUUAUAAAAAAAAAAAACACUGACAGUAAAUGACCCACAAACUUACCUGGAUUAUACCUCUUACAUGAGCGUAUGAAUCUAUUUGUCUGUUAUUUUUUACGAAGGAUAUAUGACCAUUUAUGUGUUUAGUUCAUUCUGUGUAAUAUUGUUUAGGCUUAUACUGUUUUAAGUCCAGCUUACUCAUAACAGCUUGCCUGAUAAAAGCUAUGUAUCAUACUAUUUCUGGUAAAAGUGAUGGCAAUGUAAUAAAGUAUGUAUUAAUAUAUUUAUUUGGAUGUAGGCAGGACCUUUUGUCAGUAUUAUCAUCACGUUUACGUUACUUUUUUGGUCUAUUGUCCAUGCGCUCAUAUGUGUUAAAACGUCAUAUUAUACAUAAAAGAAUCUUAAGCAGUUUUUAAAAUUGUAAAUACACAAGUGUAGUUGUGUGUGUGACUAAAUGUUUCCAAUAAAAAAUCAUUUCUUUA